CUCGGAAAUCUUCGGAUCUCCCCCUACCCGCGCCGCUGGAACCGCGGCGGUGGGGGCUUUGCUCUCGCUCGCUGUACGCGCGAGCGAGACAGACACACAGUGCGCCCAGUGCACGGCGUGGUUCAGCGCGUUACGUUUCUCUUGCGUCGCGCGUGUGGGUGAGACGAUAUCACACCGGCACACUGUACGACGUGACGCGAGGAAAAACGUGCGCCGCGAUCAGUGACAGACAAAAUGGCGGAGUGCCUGGUGCAGUGGUAGUAGAGCGGUGCGUAUCGCGCGGACUACGUCAACGUGUGCGACGUAAAGGGGAGGGGGGGAGGACGGAGGGGUUAGAUGUAACGAGAGCCCGACAACAGCUGGUCGGUAACCAUGGAACGGGCGCUCUCGACGACAACGAGACGUCGCGGUCACCAACACCAUCCGCGACACACCACGCGUCGACGUCUCGACGCCUCCAGCAGAGGACCCGCGCAGUGUGGCCCUGCUGGUACCAUCACAGACACCACCGACGACGAGACGUCGCUCGCCGGGGUGACCGUCGACGCGGUCGACUGUCGUCUUGGUACGACAGAAUCCCCCUGUCCGCCCGUGUCGCGUGUCACGCUCGACACCAGGUGGCUAACGAGAAUCAGCGAGACCAAGACGAAGGAUACGAGAAUCAAGAUCGACGAGAACGAUCGUAGAGACGAUGACGUUCGACAAAGGCUCGCGCAGUGUAGCCUGGACGUUCCCGCGCUCGGCGAGAGCAAAAAUGCCUGCGAGAGACGCGACGAGACGACGAGUAAGAAGAAGGAGUCCUCUCGAUCCAGCGAGGAAAAGGCUCCCGAUGAUCGCGAGAGCGAUCCGCGGAGUAAGAGCAACUCGCCCGAGCCCGAGCACGCGGUCGCGAGGGCUCGCGGUGACGGGAACUCCGACGACGAGUCGGCCAACGUCGAGGAGGACCCGGAAUUAGCUGAGCUGGCUAAGCUACGUUGCCCCAGCGAGCGAGCGGAGGUCCAGGCCGAGAGGGAGGCCCGCAGACGGAAAAGAUGCGCCGAUUAUCCCGGGCUCGCUUUCGGCUGCUCCAUAUUCUCCAGCGACACGAUGAUGAAGUUCAGUUUGAUAAAGAACGAACUGCAGAAUAUCAUGGGCAAUCAGCUGAAGCGGGCUGAGUCCGAAGUCGCAGCCUUGAAUCGCCGUAUCCAGCUGCUGGAGGAGGACCUCGAGAGAUCCGAGGAGCGUCUUGCCACUGCCACUGCCAAAUUGGCAGAGGCGUCGCAAGCUGCCGAUGAGAGCGAACGGAUACGCAAGGCCCUCGAAAACCGCACCAAUAUGGAGGACGACCGAGUAUCCUUGUUGGAGCAGCAGCUAGCACAGGCUAAACUGAUCGCAGAGGAGGCGGAUAAAAAAUAUGAGGAGGUUGCCAGGAAACUAGUCAUGAUGGAACAGGAUCUCGAACGCGCCGAGGAAAAGGCCGAGCUUUCCGAAUCCAAGAUCGUAGAGCUUGAAGAAGAGUUACGUGUCGUCGGCAAUAACUUGAAGUCUCUCGAGGUCUCUGAGGAAAAGGCAACGCAAAGAGAGGAGACGUUCGAGGGCCAGGUGAAGAUUCUGGAUAGUCAAUUGAAAGAGGCUGAAGCACGUGCCGAGUUCGCGGAAAGAUCCGUGCAGAAACUCCAGAAGGAGGUUGACAGGCUCGAAGACGACCUCACGGCCGAGAGAGAGAAAAACAAAAUGCUGCAGGAGGAGAUGGAGGCCACUCUGCAUGACAUCCAGAACAUGUAGAUCAUGUUUUUCGCGAUGGACAAAACGCGAGAACGUUUAUAGAUAGAAAGAGCGGAAACACUUACGAGAAAAAAAAGAAAGAAAACGAGAGAGAAAAGAAAAUGCGAGCGAAUAGUAUAACGGCGGCAACGAGAAGAAGUGAAUGAGAAACAAACACGCGCGUUACGACGCGAGCGUUUCGUGUGGUGCACACCUUAAUAUUAAUGGAUAAAAAUGCAGUCUAGCCUUAUACCCUCCAUUACGUCCAUCCGCAUUACGUGUACGUAUUAUGUGUGUUCAUAUGCACACGUGUGUGUAUACGUGUGUCUGUGUACGUCACGUAUGCCUAUCUGUAGGCGCGUGACGCAAAAUGCACAAGCUGAUAAAAGAUGAGAGAAAAGAGGAGACAAUGAAAGAAUAUGUGUGUGCGUGCGUGCGCACGCGCGCGCGCGCGCGCGUGUGUGUGUGUGCGGAAAAGAAAGACAUAAAACGAGAGGAUUAGAAUACGGCAGAAAGAGACAAAGAGAGGAUGUAAAAGAUAGAGAGAGAAUGAGAAAGAAAAAAAAAUAAUACGCGACAAGGACGGUAGGAUUUCGUAAAUAAUAUGAAGUUACUUGUAAUCGAAAUCUGAUUUUAGUUUUAGAUUUUAGCUUGUAGUCUGCCUUCAAAUUUUAAUUCGAUAAAAAUUGAGGUAUGGCUGCGACCGGUAUGAGGUGUCUUCGAGCUCGUCGCGAUUCAAAUUUCGUUAAGAAAAUGGUUACUAAUCGUGGGAGGAAUAUGUGAAUAGAGAGAAAUUAGAGAAAAGUAGAAUGGGAAAAAGAAGAGAGAGGAACUCACGCGGAUCGGUUUAUUUGUAUCGAGAGAGGAAAAGUCCCAAAAGAUUUCGAAAUUAAUUUUCUCGAGUAUAUCAAUUUUAUGCGCCAAAAACAAUGCAUGCGUAUGUGUUUUUAAGUAUAAUCUAUUAUAUAUAUAAUAUAUUGUACUUACUACAUAAUUAUACAGUAAGCCGCGCUCAACUCAUCUAAAAGAUUCUCUCUAAAAAGAAUGAUUAUUAAGUAAUAAAACUUUUAGAAGUGACUUUUACGAAAAUUUUUUUAUCCAUCAAUUGAUUAGGCGAGCAUUUUAUCGAAGUUGUGUGCUUCUCUCGAUACAAAAAAAUACGCAGACUCUUACAUAAUGGAGGGAAACAGUGCUCAUUUUUUUUUCCGUUGCCUUACAUUCCUCAUUUCACGCGGCUCAGCUUGCGCGAGAAGAAAAAAAAAACUCGUCAGUUUCUUUCAUUUAUCUGUUUUUCUUAAAGAUAUUAUCGCGUUAUCCUCUUAUUGCCGCCGAUGAGAACAAAGACGACAACGAGCAAUACCUGUGCAUUUAAGAUAAUUCCACUGCCAGAUCCAUCAAUUUUUAAAAAAUAUAUCUUCGUAAUAUGUCUUUGUCUUCUCAUUAUGCGUUGUGCAAUACUCGAUUAAACAGAUGAAACUAAACGCACCAAUACAAUAUUGCCAUAAUUCCGAUUUUUUUUUCUUGUAGCAUUAAAUAAUCGAGAAUUACAUGUCUUUUUGGCCUAGCAACUCACACGUGUGUAUCACGUAUGUAGAGUGGGUUAACUUUGAGCCUACGAAUAAUUGGCCAACGCAUGAUGCUUAAGAUUAUGGGAACAACAGGGAAGCAACUGACUUUUUUAUAUCACGUUGCAGCUUCCCGUGCCAGCUGAGCCACUCCGACAUUUACCGAUCGUGCCUGUAUAUAUAUUUACAUAAAUACUAAUCACCUCGGCCAGAGAAACCUCUAUGCAGGAAACGUGCUUUGUUUCGAACGUAAUAGCAGACGAGAGCUCGAAAAUAAUAACAGAUCGAAUAUCCAAUGCUUGUUUCAUUUCUCGGGCACAUAAUUCGUCCUUAAUACUAUUAAUUGAUACUAUUGAUUGAUACGCAAUUAUCAUUAACAUCACUGCUAUUUCACGCUCGCCACUGAACAUCGCUAACUCCAGGUAGAAAUUUUCUCUCUCUUCCAAUCUCUUUUUUUUUAAUAAAAAUCGUAUUUAUGUCGCGUAUACUGCCUCGACCUCGAUGUCGUAACUCGUCAUGGUUAUUUUUAUAGCACUUUUCCUGCAACAUAUUCUUGGAUGGCCUUUUGAUGUAGGAAUGUGCAUCGUCCUCUUUCCGUUUCGAUAUAUAAAUGCAUGUUCAUUACUCUUUCUCUCUCUCUCGCAUGAUAAUUGAAUAAUCGUGAAGGUACGAAGCUAUCUAAUAGAAUAGAUUUAGUACGCUCGGGAUUGACUCCUGGCGAUGAAACAAUUGCUAUGAAACGUUAGGAAAGAGAUAAAGGAAACUUUUGCAUGAGAUGCAAAAUCUUAAUCUUAAUAAUUAGCUCUUCACGAUUUUGUUUCGCGAUUUUGAGUCGCGUUGAUCUAUAUUGUACAAAUUGAGAUAAUUCUGUUCUAAUACACAAUCAUAGUAUUAAUAAUAAUUAUUAGGUGAACUUUAAUUAUUAUCAUAUGUAAUAUUAACAUCACGUUAUCUAUUAAAUAUUUUGUUCGAAAAUCCGGAUUACUUCAAAUUAUACAUUUCGCAAAAGCGAUAGUUAUAUUUAUGCGAAGAUGACGAUG